AUGAACGAGGACGAGAAGCUGGCUGCGGCUCGCGCGCGAAUUUUUGGGACGCGGCAGUACCGGCUUGCUCCAGCGCUCACCUUCGCCUUCCUGAGCUGCUAUAUGUGGUACUUGUACGCGCUCCUCAACCCGGCAAAGCCGCCUCCUGGCGUCGUGAGCGUGCACGAAGCGAGUGGUCGGCAGUUGAUGGCGGAUGGGUCGAUACGCAGACCGGACCGGUGA